AAAAGGGGUCAGAUUACCUGUCCGCCAUCUUGAUUUUCGGAAUAUCACGCACGAUUCGUUUUGCCUCCAGUUUGAGGCUGUUUUCAAGACAAUUCAACACAUCAGUAAUUGAUCAACCCAGUAAACAGAAAUGGACCAGAAAAACAGUGAGAUUGCUAUGGACCCCAGGAACCAGACAAACAGCAGCGACAAAUCAGACACGGGGAAACAGCAGGAUGAAAAACGGGACAUCCCAUAUGGGGAAAAGAUCGGAGAAGAAUCUGACCAUCCUAACCUACAGGGUCAACAAACAAAGCAGUUAGACAAACUACCGGUGAAACGCACCAGGGUUAAACGCUUUGUGUGUACGGAAUGUGAUUUUCGGGCAGCCAAAAAAUCUGAACUAUUAAGGCACACGAGAAAACAUACUGGUGAGGAAUCUUACAAUUGUGACCAGUGUGACUAUUCUGCUGCACACAAAGUUUCUUUAGACCUUCACAUCACUAAGCAUACUGGAGAAAACCUACUUAGGUGUGAAGAUUGCGGAUACAGGACUGCUUACAUGUCUAAUCUAACGGGACACAUGAGAACACAUACAGACGAGAAACCCUACAAAUGUGAUCAGUGUGAUUGUUCCGCUGCACGGAAGGGAAACUUAGACCGACACAUGACUACACACACCGAAGAUAAACCCUACAUGUGUGGAGAGUGCGGGCACACGUCGGCUGAUAGAUCUGCCUUAACCGUACACAUGAGAAGGCAUACAGGUGAGGAACCAUAUAAAUGCGACAUGUGUGGCUAUUCUGCUGCAACGAAAUUCCAUCUAGAGUCACACAUGGCUAGACACACCGGCGACAAACGCUUCAUGUGUGUGGAGUGCGGAUACAGAACUGCUCACAUGUCUAACCUAUCCGUACACAUGAGAAUACAUACUGGUGCAAAACCUUACAAAUGUGACCAGUGCGACUAUUCUACCGCACAGAAAGGAAAUUUAGACCGACACAAGGCUAACCACAACGGAGGAAAACGCUUCAUGUGUGGAGUGUGCGGAUACAGGGCGACUGCCAGGUCUUACAUAACCAUACAUAUGAGAACACAUACAGAUGUGAAACCUUAUCAGUGUGACCAGUGUGACUAUUCUACUGCAAGGAAAGGAAAUUUAGACCGACACAUGGCUAAUCACACCGGAGAAAAACCCUACAUGUGUGGAGAGUGCGGAUACAGGGCGGCUGAAAAAUAUUCCUUAACCGUACACAUGAGAACACAUACAGGUGCGAAACCUUACAAGUGUGACCUGUGUGACUUUUCUGCUGCAACAAAAAGCGGUUUAAACAAACACAUGGCUACACACACCGGAAAUAAACCCUACAUGUGUGGGGAGUGCGGACUCCGAACGGCUGACAGGUAUUCAUUAACCGUACAUAUGAGAUCACAUACAGGUGAGAAACCUUAUAUAUGUGACCAGUGCAACUAUUCUGCUGCAAAGAAGAGCGAUUUAGACUCACACAUGGCUAGACACACCGGAGAAAAACCUUACAUGUGUGGACAGUGCGGAUAUAGGACGGCUCACAGGUCUAACCUAACCACACAUAUGAGAACACAUACAGGAUAA